AUGGCUCACCCCUGGUUAUGGAAGAAGGGGACUGUUAAGUAUUCAAACGAACGUCUUGGCGCACGAGGUGUUGGCUUUUCUUUACAAAAGGUUCAGGCAGGUCACAGGCGGUUGACGAACGAGGAAGAUCAGAUUGUUUUUGGUGCAAGAAGCCUACACCGGCCGAUUGGACAGCGUUGCGGAAGCGCCGACUCAGGAAGUGCGUUUUCAAUUCAAGACGAUUUUGAGUUGGCUGUCGUCAACCGCCCUCCUCAAGACGUUGAACGGGGUGUGCAUUGGCAGUGGCUCAGAACGCAAGUUUCCAGCACCGCUAGAGGUGACGGUUUUGGCCUGUAUUGCGGGAGUGUAGGGGUUAAGUUGUAG